AAUAAAAUAAUUUGUAAUGAUGUGUCGUAAUUUAUUUAUUUAAUCAUAUGGCGAAAGUUCACUUGUAGGAAUCUAUAAAUCUAGGUAUAUCCAGGUUACGCAACUGGUAUACAUACAGUCUGUUUGUUAGGCCGCGUGCGGGCUUUACUUUAAUCAGACGUAGUUGUCGCUCGUAGGGGAAUUUGCGGGCACGUCAUGUGGUAAGGUUUCCAAAAAACAACGUUAUUUACUAGUAUACAUACUUAGUAUUUGUAACUAACCUGUUAUCAUGUAUCAGUCUUAAAUAUGCAACUACCAGCGUAGAAAUAAAAUUAAUUUAUUGAUAAAUACAAUAUACAGAGAGGUAAAAAAUAACAUACUUUUGCGUGAUCAGAAUUUUCCCAUGUAGAUUUUUUAGUACUUAUAGUUAAAAAAAAUGGCGGGACGAGUUACACAUUUCGUACAGACUGGCGGGAACAUGUCAUGAGCCGCGACGAGUGGCGGACAAAAGGGGAGGGAAAGAAAUUGGUACAACAGUAUUUUACCAAUAACAUAGGACACUUAGUAAAAAUACCUUAUUCUGAAAACUUGAAAAUAUAUUGAUUUAUAUGUGAAACUUACUUUUGAUGUGCCCGCAUAUCGCCCGCUGGAGUGCGACAUAUGAUUAUUGCCGUUAGUAUUUUUAAAAGUGCAAUCAAGCAGCAAUAUAUGCAUCUAACUCCAGUUGUAGUGGUGCAGUUUCACGUGGUAAAGUGGAUAUGCUGGAGAAAAACACCAAUUUUUUUUCAUGUCUAGUUAAUUUUUUGACAGUUAUUCAUUUAAACUUAAGCACGUUAUAUCAAUCAAGCGUUUCGUCUAUCACCCCUUUUGUUGUACUUGCAUUUUAAGAUGUGUACCAUUUGUCACUAGACCAUUGUGACCACGAUUAUAUGUACAUUUUGACACUAAGGCAUUACAACGUUCAUACUUUUUACCACAUAGACAGCCAGUUCGUAUGGACAUUUUGACCCCUGCACUUUCCAGCCAUUGAACAUUUUCUCAUGCUGACUGCCCAGUCCCGGAAUCAUUCUUCUGAUUUGUUGGUUUUUGAUUUAUUGUAUCGAUAGCCAUUGAGGUAUAAUGCCGGAAAACCCUUUUGAUUCACAGUGAAUACAACUUUUCCUGCUUCCGUCAUUUUACACAUCUUUUUGAAAGGUUUGUUUAUAUACUGACAUAUAGUUUGUCAAAGGGCUAUCUCAUUUCAAACAUAGACAGAGGGAGUCACACUAUCUUUGUCUUACACUAGUACUAGCAUCCAAAAGAAAAGGAUGAGUAUAGUUUUUUUUGUUCUUAUUUACUGACAAAUUGGUUUGACCAACUAUAUCUUCCUUGCAAUCAAAUCAUAGACAUUAGUUUUAAUUAUCUAGACAAGUAGGUCCUUAUAAAAUGAAACCUCUUUAGAUAACGAAUGGCUGUUGUUGAUGAAAGGUAUUAUACUUCGAUUGUAAAUAUUAUAUUUUACAAGUUCCAGUUGGUAUUUCGCGUUUGUGGUAUUGUAAGUGUUUGGUAUAUUGCGUAAUAAAUAAAAUCGCCAAACACCACAACACGUCAGGUUGGUAUUUCGCGUUUGUGGUAUUAUGCGUAGUUGGCGUUUUGCGUAAUAUUUUUUAGAAGUCCGCAAAAUGGGUUAGUAUCACGGGAUCUAAUUAGCAACUCGUCUAUAGGGCUACUCGUCUAAGUCGCAGCUGGUCUACAUCACCUUCGUCUAAAUAUCAAUUGGUCUAAAAAGCAGCUGGUCUACAAUUUUCUAAGUAGCAUCUCGUCUAAAUAGCAAUUGGUCUAAAAAGCAGCUGGUCUACUCUUUCUAAGUAGCAAGCAUCUCGUCUGAGUUGCAAUAUUAUUAGUCUUUCUGAUCAACUUUUAUUAAAGGAGCAAACCUGCCAACCCUGAAAUCUCAUUAAAAAAAUUACCUGCUUCAUACAUUUCGUCCGAUCAGAAGUCGACAUUUUGUAUGGGGGGUCCAAUAUUUUUUUCAGCGUAUUGUGGCGUCCUCGUCGUUACGCCAUUAAAGUUAAAAUUGCAAUGUGAAAUGCAAUUUUAAGUCUGUUUAAUAAUGUGUUGGCAUAAUGCACCUUUGCAUUAAAUAGGUACCUACAUGACUAUUUCGUAUUAUAUUGAACAGGCCACUUAUAGAUAAAAAUUAAGUAGCUGACAGCUGUGACAUUUCUGUUAUUCUUCCGCGAUAUAAUUAUCAAUUAUCAUUCAUUGUUCUAUGAAUUCCGCUUACUUGCAAUGGAUAACGGAGAACCAUCGGGGGAAGGUUCGAGACACGGAAAUCCCGAAAUUGUAUUUAUAGAAAGUCAAAGGCGGCACCCUUGUCUUCUUCAUAAAGGUUACCGGUAUACGUUAAAUAAAGUCAACCAAAUGGAUUCUAGAUCUUUAUGGCGUUGUGCUAACCGAGGCGAAUGUAGUGCUUCUCUCAAACUAAACCAAGAAAGAAACGUAGUUUUAAAUAUAUCCGCCCAUGCCUGCAGAAAAAACUUUGUUAAAAAUGAAGUUGCACUUAUGUUGGUUAACUGCAAGAAAGAAGUUUGCCAAAAUUAUGCAUCAGUGAAAGAAAUUUACGAAAAAAAUGCACUGGUCUUCCACAAUCGUACCGAGCGUACUAUCCUUCAAAUACCGCCAUACUCAAAUUAUGAACAAAAAAAGGAUGGACAAUUUUUCGGCGACGGCACAUUCAAGAGGGUACCGAAACCCUUUAAACAGCUAUUUUCUCUUCAUAUGGAUGUAGGUAGUACUGAUGAAACCACAAACAUUGUGCCGAUGGUGUACGCUCUACUCCCGGACAAAACAAAAAAGACGUAUGAAAGACUAUUCCAUAUUCUAAAAUACGAGCUAUGCAUUGAUAUUAUGUAUUAUAAAAGCGAUUACGAAAUGGCACAAUACACAACCUUCAAAGCUGUGUAUCCAGAUACAGAACUAACAGGAUGUUUUUUCCACUUUUCUAAAGCUAUUUGGAAAAAAGCCGAAAAAAUAAACUUCACUUCUACGGCCGAACAACGCCAAGCUGUCAGACUAACAGCCAAUCUGCCAUUACUGCCAACACCUUACCUUGGGGAUGCGUGGGUAACGAUAUUACAGGCGUUUACAGAUUCCAUAGUAAUGAGGAAGUUUCAUAAAUACGUCCACACACAAUGGGUGAAUUUACCGAUGAUUAGUUGUGCCGAAGAAAUGCACCGCACUACAAACAGUACUGAGGCAUGGCAUCGUCGGCUAAAGAACCGUGUGCCUCCAAAACCUACGUUCAUCAGGUUUUUAGAAAAAAUAAAAUUAGAAUCGAAGGUACAAGAUAUUCAAAUAACAAACAAUUUUUUAAAUGCAAACAACAGGAAAAAGAAGGAUAUUGCGUUUAACAAGAACUAUAUAAAUGAACUUAAAAAACUUCAAGAAGGAAAACUAACGUCUUAAUUUGAGUGUCUGGAAAAUAUAACUGAAAUUAAAAGGCAGUUGAAAUAUGCGUAGAUUUAAUAUUUAAUUUGAUAAGUAAAUGUGCAAUAAAGCUGAAGUGCAACAUUUUAUUUUAUGGGAGUAUCUCUUAUUUUAAAUAAAUCUUUUAUUUUACGAAAAUUCUUUUAAUUGCCAUACGGUAAAUUGACUUGUCACCACCUCAUAUUAAAAACGAAUUUUGUACGAUUAUACUGAGGAAUUGUUCCAAUUUCAUCUAUGGAUGGUAAAUUAUAAUAUACCUCUCUUGGUGUCAACAAUAGGUAGUUAGCACAACAGGACGUUCGGAUUAUUUAUACAGGGUGAUUUUUAAUUCACUGGUCAAAUUGUACAGCCGCCAUCAGACACAUCGGGGCUGUGGAAGUGGUCACAAAUAUCGCAACAUCAUCUUUAUCGCCUUGAAAAUAAAGGUGUUGUUCCGAUAUUUGUCACCCACCUCCACAGCUCCGAAAUAUCUGAUGGCGACUGUACCAGGUGAUCAGGUAGGCUAUACUGAUCAACUUUUGUUAUGGCACUAAGCCUGAAAUCUGAAAAAAAUAUUGGACCCCCCAUACAAAAUGUCGACUUCUGAUCGGACGAAAUGUAUGAAGCAGGUAAUUUUUUUAAUGAGAUUUCAGGGUUGGCAGGUUUGCUCCUUUAAUAAAAGUUGAUCAGAAAGACUAAUAAUAUUGCAACUCAGACGAGAUGCUUGCUACUUAGAAAGAGUAGACCAGCUGCUUUUUAGACCAAUUGCUAUUUAGACGAGAUGCUACUUAGAAAAUUGUAGACCAGCUGCUUUUUAGACCAAUUGAUAUUUAGACGAAGGUGAUGUAGACCAGCUUCGACUUAGACGAGUAGCCCUAUAGACGAGUUGCUAAUUAGACCGUGAUACUAACCCCGCAAAAUACCAAAAAACCUGGGAUUGGUAUUUCGCGUUUGUGGUUUUAUGCGUCUAAAGGAUUUUGAGUUGUGGACAUUAUUAUGCUACGGCCACAUUAUAGGGCGAAGAUUCGUGGCGCGUUGUCGCGACAAAAACUUCGCGGUACAACGAACACGAACUACAUGGCCACAUAUUGUCGCGAUAAAAGCUUCGGGCGAACUAGAUCGGUCAAUGUGGAUCUGGCGGCAAGAUAGAGGAAGCGUGAACUCUUGAAGUGUAGCCACUUGCACGAACUUUGUCGCGAUAAAAUUCCUUUGAUGUGUGGCAAGAAACCGACA